UCGUAGAUUUUUGACAGAGAUCUCUCAAGGUUCGUUCGUUUUCUACUCCACAACCAAAAAAAGUUGAAAAAACCUCUGCAACCCAAAGCUUUCAGCUCAGGCUUAUCUUUAUCCGCCUCUCUGGAACCAUCUGCUCCAUCUAGAGAGAGAAGCGGUUUGGAGUUCUGGAGAGAGAAGAUAGAUUGUGAGAGAGAGAGAGAGAGAGAGAGAGAGUGAGUGACUGAGUGGGUGAGUUAUCAAAAAUGAAUCGUGGUGAUGCUUUUAGCGCUAUAGAGUUGGAGUACAUAGGCAGGCACCACAGACACGAGCCCAGAGAGAACCAGUGCACCUCAGAGCUGGUCAAGCACAUCAAAGCGCCUGUUCACCUUGUGUGGUCGUUGGUAAGGAGAUUUGACCAACCCCAGAAGUACAAGCCCUUUGUUAGCAGGUGUGUGGUGAAGGGGGACUUUGGCAUUGGGAGUGUCAGAGAAGUGAAUGUUAAAUCUGGGCUUCCUGCCACAACAAGCACUGAGAGGUUGGAACUUCUUGAUGACAAUGAGCACAUUCUUGGCGUCAAGUUUGUUGGUGGUGAUCACAGGCUAAGGAACUACUCUUCCAUCAUUACGGUACAUCCAAAGGUUAUUGAUGGAAGGCCAGGGACACUAGUGAUUGAGUCCUUUGUGGUGGAUGUGCCUGAUGGAAACACCAAGGAUGAGACUUGUUACUUUGUCCAGGCGUUGAUCCGGUGCAAUCUGAAGUCAUUAGCCGAUGUCUCAGAGAGGAUGGCUGUGCAGGACCGAACUGAACCCAUCAAUCUUUAGUGGAUGUGGAGCCGGGACAAAUGUGUCGUGACGACUACAUUUUUAUACGAUCCGAGGGCUUUUUUAUUCUGGUGCCGUCUAGAGAGUGGCAGGAGCUGUCCUUCCAUGUUCACACAAGUUUUGCAUACAUUGCUGGCUGUUGUUUUGCCAUCUCAUGGGGAUCAUUACUCUCUCUUUCCUUCUGCUUUUUCCUGUUUGUUUGCUGGGGUUUCUCUUCUUUCAAUGUCCGAAGGACGAGUUUCCCAAGUUUUUUGUUAAGUUCCCCAUGAAUGGAUGUCGGAAAGCUCCUUUCUGCUGUUAUAUUUCUUGGGUUUUGUUCAUGGUGGUACUUAAUACUACUAUGGUUAUUUGUAAAUAGUCAUGUUGGAAAGAGGUGACUAUGGACCUGGGGUUUUCUUCUUGUAGUUGCAGUUUCUAGGGGCAGGGAGGAUUGAGGAGAGGACCUUUGGCUAGCGCUUUGUUGUUUGUUUUGUAUAUUCUGUGUAUUUUUAAUAAAUUAUCGCAAAUUUCUAUUGA